GACCAAAGGCCAAGCCCUGAGUAACGUUACCUGUACCCAGGCCAGCCUUGAAGAUUAGAAUGAGGGGUGCUUCCCACCUCCAGAUCCUGUUCCUGUUGUUGCUAGGAGCCAGAAUGCAGAGGUGUGCAGCUUGUGGGCAGCCACGCAUGUCCAGCCGAAUCGUGGGGGGCCGGGAUGCUGGAGAUGGAGAAUGGCCAUGGCAGACAAGCAUUCAGCACCGGGGAGCCCAUGUGUGCGGAGGGUCCCUCAUUGCACCCCAGUGGGUGCUGACAGCAGCCCACUGCUUCCCCAGACGGGUAGUGCCGUCAGAGUACAGUGUGCUCCUAGGAGCACUGAGUCUGGGUGUCACAUCAUCCCAUGAGCUCCUGGUUCCUGUGCUGCGGGUGCUGCUGCCUCCUGAUUACUCUGAGGAUGAGGCCCGUGGUGACCUGGCACUGCUGCGGCUUCGUCACCCGGUGUCCCUGAGUGCCCGAAUCCAGCCUGUCUGCCUGCCUGCACCAGGAUCCCAUCCACCACCAGGGUCUCCAUGUUGGGUCACUGGCUGGGGCAGCCUCAGCCCAGGAGUGCCACUCCCAGAGGGGCGACCCUUGCAAGGAGUGAGGGUGCCACUGCUGGACUAUCGUGCCUGUGACCGCCUCUACCACAUGGGUGCCAAUGUGCCCCAGGGUGAACGCAUAGUGCUACCAGGGAACCUGUGUGCUGGCUACCGCAGGGGCCAUAAGGAUGCCUGCCAGGGUGACUCUGGUGGACCCCUGACCUGUCUGGAGUCUGGCCGCUGGGUCCUGGUGGGUGUGGUGAGCUGGGGGAAGGGCUGUGCCCUGCCCAACCGUCCAGGUGUCUAUACUAACGUGGCCAAGUAUAGGCCCUGGAUUCAGGGUCACCUGCGCCUCUGAUGCUGGUAGAUUCCAUAACAUGAAUCGGGAGCCUCCAACCCCCCCUGUGCUUCUCUUUCUCACCUGAGGCUGAGAUGCUAAGAGCCCAGCUGCCCAUGCCCUGCCUCUUCUCCUCCUUGAGGCACACCUUCUGUCACUCAGGGAUUUUCUGUGAGUCCCUGCAGUUACACUACUGCCCUCUCCUUUUUGCUAGUAUUUACUUCUUUCAGCUUUAGCGAUGGGUAGACCCGCUGGUGACUCAUUUGGCCUGCGUGCCUUUUGUUUCUCCGGAGGAAGUCAGACAGAUUUAAAGCGUAAGAGGGACUCAACACCAGAGAGAAUCUCUGGAUUUGAAAGUUGAGGGGCCAGGCAUUGUGAGUAGCCAUAAGGCACUGACAGCCAGCAGGACGUCUGCAAUCACCAGGAAACACAUUCUGCCAACGCUCAGGAGACAGGAUACAAAUUUCCUCCAUCUUCUAAUCCCUUAGCUUCAUGAGGAUGAAGCCUUCAACAGAAAACUCAACUGAGCCACCCAAGUUGUUGAUCCACAUAUUUUUGAUUUAAUAAAUUUGUGUUGUUUUAAGCUGC